AUGCAAGAAGCUACUCGUUCUACUCAAACUGGAAAACACUAUAUUAGCACUAUUAUAACCAAAGACGGCUUUACCGAUAAGCCUUUUAUAGCCGUCUUCCUAAUUAGCGCAUUGUUAUACUUUAGUGCAAUUGGACUUUUCGUUGGCCGCUCUAAUGUCGCCUCUUCAGCCGGCAAAAAGCUCUUGGCUAGUCUUGACUUCAAAACCGGACUUGUUAACUGUAUGGCUCCCGUUCUAUUGGUCUUCUUAAUGACUGAGUGUAUAUUCUUAUCUCUAUUCACUAUUCCAGUCGUAACAAUUCAUCUGGCUUUCUGGAUGAUUUUCAUUGGAGGUCCCAUUGGUGCCGUGAUGUUCUUUUUGCCCAUCCAUGCUUUAUUUGCGAUUAUCGCGAUAGCUAUGCUGGCUAUCUUUUACUUCCUUAACUUUAGGGAGAUAAAGAAGCAGGCACCACGUGUUUCGACUAUUGCUGGCAUUCUUUUGGCCAAUAACUUCUCUUUUAUCUUAUAUUUAUUCUUAUCUUAUCUUUGCUUGUCUUUUGUCUUAUCUAUUGUUGUGUGGUGUAAAACAGCCGUACAAAUAAUGCCGAGCAGUAAUGAACACUAUCUGCUAGCUAUGUGUAUGACCGUCCUUUCCAGUGUAACUGCCGCAGGAACUCUGAUCUUUUUAGGAUACUGCUCAGAUGUUUAUUUUGCCCGGAUAGUCUUUGCCCAUAUCAGAAACCGAGCAGCUGGUUCUCCCCGGACCAAUUUCACCUCAGCAAUAACUCGAGUGUUUAGAUCAUUUGGAACGAUUUACAUUGGAACUCUUUUAUACUUAGUUAUCUUAUUGGCUAGAAUGCUAGCUAGAACUUUAUUUGAACGAGUCACGCGCAACAAUAACAAUGAAGGUAGUGUUGGCCUGAUGAUUAUAGCUUAUGUUCUUUACUUUGUGGUUUCGUGUAUCUUGUACCUGCUGGAGAUUGCAGUAGAUACGGUGAAUACUCACGUGAUGGUAUAUUCUGCCUUAUUUGGUACAGGGUACUCUAAGUCUAUGAAAGGAGCCUCUGAUGCAAUUAAGGCCCAAACAAGCUACAGGUAUGCUUUACUCUUCUCUUCGAUUGUUUUUAUUGCGGUUAGCCAGUUAGUAAUGCCUGUGCUGAUUUAUGGAUCGGCGGCUUUAGCUACAACGGCUGGAGGAGCAGCUAAAUCUCUUGUUUUUGGUGCCUCCGAGUUAGCAUUGUAUCGCUAUACUAUGUUUAUUGUCUUGUGUCUGAUUGCGUUUGAUUCAAUUAUGUCCGGAUUCUUAUCUUUCGAGCUGAUUAAUUCAAUUGAUCCACAAUUAAUCCAAACUGUUUAUCCUAAACUAGCUGCAACUAGCUAG